AUGACAUUCAAAGUCGCAAUACUGUGUCUAGCUGCACUCCUCGGCAGCAAUGCCUUCCCGAUCGAGGAGGAGGAGCGGGAUAUGUCCAUAUUCUUCGACCACACGGACUCCUCAGCCCGCAUCGUCGGAGGCACGAACGCUGGCAAUGUGCCUUACAUGGUAGCUCUGACCACCGGCACCGUGUCCCGCAGCUUCCUCUGCGGCGGCAGUAUUGUGACCCGCAGAACCAUCCUCACCGCCGCUCACUGUAUGAGGGCUGCUGGAGGCAACAACCCCAGCAACUCUCUCCGCGGCACCGUGGGAACCAACCGCUGGAGCAGCGGUGGCGUCUCGCACAACUUCCAGCGAGGAGUCAUGCACGCGCAGUACAACCACAAUCUGAUCAAGAACGACAUCGGCAUCCUGAUCACCGCCAGCAACAUCGCUUUCUCCAUUACUAUACAGCCAUUGGUCAUUAGCUACGACUUCAUGGGCGGCGGUGUCGCUACGAGAGUCACUGGCUGGGGUAGAACUUCGGCUGGAGGCUCGCUGUCCGCGACACUGCUGGAGCUGCGGCCUUCCACCAUCGAUGGGCAACGCUGCGUACGCGACUUGGCGGCCCGCGCCUCACAGCUGAACAUCCGCGCCCCGCACGUGGACCCCGCCAUCGAGAUCUGCACCUUCCAGGGCACCGGACAGGGAACGUGCAACGGUGAUUCGGGUAGCCCCCUGGUCCGGGCUGAUCGUAGCCAACAAAUCGGUAUCGUCUCCUGGGGUCUGCCCUGUGCCCGCGGAGCCCCCGACAUGUUCGUGCGCAUGAGUGCAUACAGAAGCUGGAUGAACAGCAACACCUUGCAAUAA